AUGAAAGUCUCUCUAAGAAAGCAAUUGAAAAUGACCACUGGUGUUAGUGAGUUCAAGAGAGCGAAGAAAAUGAGCAAUGUGGUUUCGCAAUCAGUUGCUGUGGAUAAGUUAUCCCAUGUAAAGCUCUCGAAUGAACAGGCGCAGUUGCGCCACAGGAUUCUCGACUUUUCAAAAACCCACCUGAGCAAUUACAAACCGGGAAAUGGCCCUUCAUUGUUUGUGAUCCAGGGAGAUGCUGGUACGGGAAAAUCUGUUAUAUUGAACUCCUUAUUCAAUGAGAUACAACGCCAAGCAAGUCAAAAACUUAAUGAAGACGUAGAUAUUCUCCAAGGGACUAAAAACUAUCUUGUGGUGAAUCAUCCUGAGAUGCUAAAACUAUAUCUUAGAAUCAGUAAAUCUUUCAAGUAUAUCUCUAGCUCGUCUUUGGAACGUCCAACCUCAUUGAUCAAUGCGUUGACAAAGCAGAAAACAAUGGCAGAUAUAAUUAUUAUCGACGAGGGACAUUUGUUAGCAACCUCAAAGGAUGCUUUCAAGCGCUUCUAUGGUGAGAACCAUCUGAGUGAUUUGAUGUCAUUAGCUAAGGUUUUAAUUAUUGUUUAUGAUGAUAAGCAGGCACUUAGAAUGGGAUGCUAUUGGGAUGAGAACACAAAAAAUGGUGCAAAUAUACGUUCUUAUUACGAUCAAGUCGCCAAAGGAAACAGGGAUUGGUACUAUUUAAAGCAGCAAUUCAGGGUUGCAGCACCUGCGGACGUUUUACAAUGGAUUAACUGUAUUAGUGUCGAGGGUAAAAUACCUAGAUUUCCUAAAAGCAUUGACAAUCUGGGAUUUGACUUUAAGAUUUGGGAUGAUUGCGGGGCCAUGUACGAUUCCUUAAAAGAAUUAGACUCGAAGUAUGGCCAGUGUAGAAUGUUGUCAACCUAUGACUUUCCCUACAGACUGGAUGGAAAAGACUAUUUUGUUAAAUGUGGUGAAAACUUUAACGUCCGCUGGGAUAGAUAUACCCCACGAGCCGUCUUACCUUGGAGUGAGAGAAAAGAUACCAUUGAUGAAGUUGGAAGUGUAUAUACAAUCCAGGGCUUUGAUUUGAAUUAUGCAGGCGUCAUUCUGGGCAGAUCGGUUGGCUAUGAUGCUAAAAAUGACUGUAUAAAGCUCAAACCGGAGCUGUAUGAUGAUCGCGCAGGUUUCACUAAAAAGAAAAAUAUCAUGGAGGUUCCCCAAGUGAAACAAAAGAUUAUAAUGAAUAGCAUCAAUGUACUCUUAACGAGAGGUGUAAAGGGUUUAUAUGUCUACGCUUGGGAUGAUGAGCUAAGAGAGAGGUUAAAGCGGUCUCAAGAAAAAUAA